CUCAGAAGCCUCGCCCCCGUCACCUCAGAAAGCUCGCCCCGACCUAACCCCGGCGGCAGCACAUGGCCAGCGGAGCACCGUACGGCACUCGCCUCGCUGCCGGCAUGCAGCGGCGGUCUCCCGCCGCUGCCGCCGCCGGCACCCCCGCGGCCGCCGCCGCCUCACGUCCCCCGACCCAGACCUCCGUCGCCUAGGCCUCCCGCCCCGCUGCCGCCGCCGUCACCCUCCCCACCGCCGUCACCCUCGCCGUUGCCGCCGCCGCCGCGACGGCUGGCGCCGCCACCCCUUAUUGUCGUGUACGACCCACCGGACG